GACGCCAAGCAUCAUCCCUCGCUCAUCCCUGCCGAACCGACGAAGAGAGAAGAGUGAAAAAUGGAGGCAACGAAGUCGACGAAGCCAGCGGGAGGUAGGAAGGGCGCGUCCAAGAGGAAACCCGUCUCCAAGUCCGUCAAGGCCGGGCUCCAGUUCCCCGUGGGGAGGAUCGCCCGCUUCCUCAAGAAGGGCCGAUACGCUAAGAGGCUCGGUACAGGAGCUCCCAUCUACCUCGCCGCAGUCCUUGAGUACCUCGCCGCUGAGGUGCUGGAGCUGGCGGGGAAUGCGGCGAGGGACAACAAGAAGACGCGCAUUAUUCCGAGGCACGUGCUCUUGGCCGUGAGGAAUGACGAGGAGCUCGGCAAGCUUCUCUCCGGUGUCACCAUUGCUCAUGGUGGCGUCCUCCCAAAUAUUCACCAGGUGCUGCUGCCCAAGAAGACCAGCAAGGCAGAGCCCGAAACAAAGUCUCCGAAGAAGGCUUAAAAGUUUCUCUGCUGUAAUCUUUUGCUUUUUUUUUUUUUCUCCUUUCUAAUGCUACGUUUAUAGCAGUCGGUAGUCAAUAGUGGUAAGAGUUUUUUGUUCCGUGGUUUGGGUUUUGGGAUACUUAAUACUGUAUAUAUAGCGCUGCUCUGGUUUGGGGCAAUGUAACAGUUCACGCUGGAUGUUCUACUUUCAAUGAUCCUUUAAUGAAGUAUCCUUUAUCCUUAGGUUUUA